GCAUGUGUUCAAUAUCUUGUGAUUGUAGCAGAAUUUGUGUGACUUUGCGAAUAUAAAAGUUUCAAAUACCAUGGUACAGGUUGUCUCCUGCUCGAAUGCCUUGGUGGCAGUUUUCAAAGAUGACAGCACUUUUCCUGAUUUGAACUGCAAAAACUGCAAAAAGGAGUUUCAGUCAUAUUUAUAGAUUGAGUUAAAUGUGGCCACUUUCACUUGUACCAGCUGUUUCUCCUUAAAAACACUACAUGAGGCCAAUAGAGUGUUUAAAAUGAUGUUAGAUCAAGUCAUGUUUUGAAUCCUCAGGUUAAACCAGAAAAUAUUCAGAGUAAGAGAGACUAGCUGGUUGUUUUGGAGGCUAGAACAGCACCUCAUGAUUGGUUAAUAAGUAAAGCAUGAUCUGGUAGGCUUGGCAUUGAAUCACAGUGGUCAUGCUUCCAGAGUGCUGCUGUUUACCACCACUCCUCUUGUUGUCCUUUCAGUUCUGCAAAUCUGAUAGAGUUUUUCCUUGUGGUCAUGGGAUUUCUCCCUUAUCAGUGUGUUUGCCUAUGCUACAGGCUAUAAACAUUCUACACAAGUGAAAAUGGGCUGAAGGGAACUUUUGUGGAUGUUAUUUUAACUGUGAAAUGACUAUCUGAGGAUGAUUUUUUUUUUUUAAGAGAAACAGUUUCACUUCUGUGCUAGCAGCGAAGGGUGAACAUGUAGGCAGUGUUGCAGGAAAUGUGGCCUGAGCCUUUUCAGCAGCCUUUUUCCAAAGGAGUUCUGUCAUAUUUUGAGGCCACAAGGGAUGACCAAAGUUGGCAAUGGGAGACUUCGACAAGAUCUGGCGGGAACACUGUGAGGAUGAACAGACGCUGAGUGAAUACGCCCUUGCCAUGAAGAAUCUCGCUGACAACCACUGGACGAAAAAAUGCGAAGGAGAAGGACGCAUCGAGUGGUGCCGCAGUGUCUGUCAGGAAUACUUUUUGGAUGGCGGGAUGAAAAGAAUGUUAGAAAAGGAUGAGAAAAGUACCACACAUGCCAUGGGUCUGACUGCAGCAUCUGUAAGUGCCCAGCCAUACAGCACCAUCCCCAGUUCAAUCUCUCAGCUGGGGAAAAUGCGCCUUCUUGACGUGGGAAGCUGCUUCAACCCUUUCUUGAAGUUUGAUGAAUUCCUCACAGUUGGUAUUGACAUAGUGCCUGCUGUUGAGAGCGUGUACAAGUGUGACUUCCUCAACCUUCAGCUCCAGCAGCCUCUCCAGCUGGCAGGUGACGCAGUAGAGGCCUUCCUCCGCCAACUCCACAAUCCCAUCGACAGUCUGCCUGCCCAGCUUUUCCACGUGGUCGUCUUCUCCCUGCUCCUGUCCUACUUCCCCUCACCGUACCAGCGCUGGAUCUGCUGUAAGAAGGCCCACGAGCUGCUGGAGCUGCACGGCCUGCUGCUCAUCAUCACACCCGACUCCUCCCACCAAAACCGCCAUGCCCUGAUGAUGCGCAGCUGGCGCGUCGCAGUGGAGUCGCUGGGCUUCAAGCGCUACAAAUACGUCAAGUAUUCCCACAUGCAUCUCAUUGCCUUUCGUAAGGUGUGUCUGGCCACCACCAGCGACCUGGUGUCACGCAACUACCCAGAGAUGCUCUACAUCCCGCAGGACUUCCACUCCAAUGAGGAGGAAGAGUGUGCUGACGUACCCGUGCAGGCGCGCUCUGAGUUUGAGGAUGACCAGCUGGCUUGGAGCUUCACAGAGCUGCCUGACACGCCCUAUGAUUCAGAUUCUGGGGAGAGCCAAGGCAGCUCGGUGCCUGGCUUCCACGAGCUCGAAGACCCCAUCCUGCUUCAGAGCUAGGCUAAACCAGCUGCCCCAACCCCACCCCCACCCUCUCUUUUUCUCUAUGUGACUCUCACCUCCCCUUCAACUGCUGCGCUGCCAAAUUUAACCUGCUGCAUUCUUCUCCCACUUCUGCUCCCUAUCCCCAAAUAAUGCAGUUUGCACAGUGUGAAAGAGAGAAGUUUACAGAUUAUUUUCUCAUAUCCACACUCCUCUGAGAGUGCACACACACACACACACACACACGCAUACAUGCACACAUGUACAGAUACCACACACUAAGAUGGAUAUAUUUUGAUAAAUAUCUAGGUUUUUUAAGAGUUGGAAAGCGAAUGCCCUUAAGAUAUCUGAACUCCCUUCUCCUUGAUUUCCAUCCCAUCUUCCAAUCAGCUCUCAAUAACAAAAGUCAGCUUGUCUACAUUCUGUACUCAGUCUCUGUUUGAAUAAGCUAGUGUGGCAGGCUGCUUAGUACAAAAAAAAAAAAAAAAGAAAAUAAUAAAAAGACAUGGUAACAUGAGCAGUGAGACAGGAGUUUGAUUGCACUGGAAAGACUGAGAUGGAAUAACUGGACUGGUAUGCUUGCUUCUGUCACAGUCAUGCAGCUAGAUUUUCUGAUCUUGUGCAUUUAGUUUUCCAAGACAAAAAAAAAAGAAAAUCAUUGUUUUGAAAUAUAUAUUCUCAACAGUCAAAACAUUGGUGUUGUCCAGUGUUAAGUGUGGCAAUGCCGCUUUGAUUUGGCAUCCUCUGAAAGAAUCGUGUAUCUUUUACAAGGAAGUGGUAUUUGUAGCAUUUUAAACAUUUUCAGAACCAUAUGGUAGGAGUAUUACUAGGUUUACUAAUGUGAAACUGUAACUGUGUUGACUCAUUGUGUAACAAGGUACGAGUGUUUUUAAAGUAGGUAUUACACUUUUUUUCCUCCUCUCGUUGUUCUCACAAAUAUUAAUUCAGAAUGAUCUCCCGUUAGAUUUCCAGUACCUUUUUGUUCUCAAGCAGAGAAAUAGUACAACACUGCUAGUCAGUGAUCCAUAUCAAACGAACUUUACAGCACCAGUAUCCUUUGAUGCCAUUUUCUAACUUUGAUGUGAAAAUACAAUUAGUACUCUGCCUCCAAAAACCUCACAGUCAGAAAAUUCACCUCGACGGAAGAGAUUUGCACUAACUUACUGUUUUGUCAUACUGAAACCCCUGACAAGGUGAGAAACUGUAGAUUUUAGUAAUGGCAAGCGAGACCCGAUCUGAAGAUGCUGUAUCCUGCAGGGGGAGGUUCAUAUAAAGACACUACCAGAUGAAAUGUUAGUGUGUGUUUGUGCCUGUCCCUGAGCAGCAGGCUAAAUGUGUGGGUGUGUUUGGGUUUGUCGGUGUGAAUGAAAGAAUGAGUUUGCAUUGAUGUUUUGUAUUUUGUUUUUUUGUUUUUGUUUUUUUUUUGUCAGUGGCACUUUAUCAUUGAUCCCAAAGGGUGUCACAAAAUUUAAUUAUUUUCCUAUGAUGACAGUUUUACAACCAAUAUGAUGGGCCCAUAACAUAGUACCAGUGAGUCUAAGGUGCCUUCUUUGUUCACAUUUACUGUUGCAAGCGGACUUUCAUGGCCCUGGGGAACAUGAAAUUCUUACCUUUUUAACAAAACAAUAUCAGGCUUCUUUGGUCAAACAGUACAUACAAAGGUCCAGUACUCCUUUGUCAUAUUAAUGAAUAAGAAGAAACAUUUCCAGUGUUCGUGUAAUUCAGUGCAUUGUCGCCAUUCCCAUGUCAUUGCCCAGUUAAUGCUCAUCUCUCUGCUGAUAUCUCCUCUGUUUUCAUAGAAGAAAAAAAAACAUUUCACAGUAUCACACAUACUCAGACUUUGAAGAAGUGUGCUUUGUGAUUAAUAGGUGCAUUU